AUGACUACAACCGAGAUAUCAGCAGAAUGCGUUGAUAAGAGGCCAGCUGAUCGAGUUUAUCACCCCCUCUACUCCCCUUUGCACAUAUCCCUCUGUCCAACACAGUACCUCACUAGAGUAGUACCUCAGCGUACCUGUGUUGUACCCCCCUUUGGUAGUCAGCACCAUGUGUCCCCUGGUGAGGUCAGUUCCCGAAGAGUACGUCUCCGCGGAGAUGCUCUACUGGCAGAGGAUCUACGCGCUCUGCAUUGCAGGCCUCAACGCAGAGCCUAA